AUGCCCUCAUUCAAGACAGUCAUUCUCGCCACACUCCUCUCGGCCGUCAUUGCGACGCCUCUCCAGGAGCGCGCUCUCGACAACGUGAGCUUUGAUAUUGCACCUUCAAUUGAAAGCAGAGGAGAAGCCUCAACUUCUGGCAACGGAGGAAACGGAGGAAAUUGCGACUACAAUGAAAAAAACAGACUCGAUGUUGAGAUCAACAACAGAUACCGCCUGAAAGCACAGCUGGACACUGAGAUCGACCGUCGGCAAGAUAUCAAGGCUCAGCUGGAACGAGAUAUCUCAAAAAUGAAGAACUGUCGCGCGUAA